CAAGGAAGGGACGGAGUCGCAACUUCUCCAAGUGGACGCUGUGUUCCGACCGCCUCGAGAUGCGCUGCGCGGAGCAGGUUAAAAGUCAGAGGUCCUGAUGUUUGGGCCAAGGGAAGCUGUCGCACUUCAGGCGAACCCGGAGGUCCCUUGGGUCAACAUUUUACCAUCUCAAGUCAUGUCUGGGAAAAUAGAGCACGUGCUGACCCAAACAAAACACAUCCAUAAUGGAAGAAAACAUUUUUCAACUUGUUGGCGCCCCUCCUAAACCGCCGGCCUCACGAACACAAUAAAAUGGCCUGGUGGGCUGCGGGUGCGCUUACGAUGGACAGCGUUACGCCUCUGAGAAUGCGCCAUCUCGUCUGAUCUUAGAAGGGACAAAGGCAAAUUCGGGACUAUUAUGCUUUCAUAUUUUGCUUUUACUGUACAGUGCCUUUUGUUUCGAAACAUGUACCCUGAGUAAUUUGAGUUGCAAGCUUGGUCACAGAAUGAAAUAAACUCACGAGUCAAGGCACCGCUGUAUCAACGAUAAUGCACAGCAUCAAAGUCGCAACAUGAGACCAGGCUUUAACGAAGCAGAUGUGGUUUUUGUCUUCUGGUUUCCUGCAGACGUCAGUGAAGAUCUUCGUCCUGAGCAGCAGGAGCCAGAGUCCCCGCUCAUGAAAGAGGAAGAGGAGGGGGAAGCGUUCUUUUGCAUUAAAGUGGAAGAUGAGGAUGAGGAGCACCUCAUUAAAGAGGAAGAGCUGCCACAGCCACCGAACAUUAAAGAGGAAAAGGAAGAUGCUCUCACCAAGUUGCCAUUGAUUCUUGUCCCAUUCAAGACUGAGCAUGAUGAAGGUGAAGCUCAAAGUGAGGAGCGCAAAGGGGCGGAGCCUCCAAGCAGCAGCAGCAGCUCAAGUCAACACAUGACAACAGAAGGUGAUAGAGACCAUCGUGGAGGAUCACGCACAGAAAGCCUCUUAGCGCCACUGUCAGAUAGUGACGACAUAACGUCACAGUCUCAUGAUGAUGAUGAUGAUGAACACUCUCGAGGUGAUAUGACAUGUCACGCUCACAACAAACGCUGGGAAUGUUCUCGGUGUGGGAAAACAUUUAGUUCAAAGGGGAAUUUGAAAGGACACAUGAGAACGCACACAGGAGAGAAACCUUUUGCCUGCUCAGUUUGUGGUAAAACAUUUUCUAAAAAGGCACACUUGAAACCACACGCAAGAACACACACUGGGGAGAAACCAUUUGCGUGUCCGGUUUGUGAUAAAAGCUUCUCUGUAAAGAUAAGUUUAAUAAGACACACAAGAACACACGUGGGAGAGAAAACAUUUGCCUGCUCAGUUUGUGGUAAAAGAUUCUUUGAAAAGGCACACAUGGAACAACAUGCAAGAAUACAUACUGGGGAGAAACCUUUUGCCUGCUCAGUUUGUGGUAAAAGAUACAUUGGGAAGGGAAGCUUAAGAAAACAUGCAAUAACGCACACUGAAGAAAAACCAUUUGCCUGCUCAGUUUGCGGUAAAAAAUUCAUUGAGAAGCGAAGCUUAAGAAACCAUGCAAGAACCCACACUGGCGAGAAACCGUUUACCUGCUCAAUUUGUGAUAAAAGCUUCUCUAUAAAGGAAAGUUUAAGACGACACACAAGAAAACAUACAGGGGAGAAACCUUUUCCCUGUUCAGUUUGUGGUAAAAGAUUCUCUUUAAGAGGGAACCUACGAACACACUUAAGAACACACACUGGAGAGAAACCUUUUAGCUGUCCAAUUUGUUGUAAAAGAUUCUCUUUAAGGGGGAAUUUACGAACGCACAUCGCAACACACAAGAAACCAUUUGCAUGUUCAGUUUGUGGGGAAACGUUCACUUUCAAGAGAGAUUUAAUAGCACACGCAAAAGCACACACAGGAGAGAAACCUUUUGCCUGUUCAGUUUGUGCUAAAAUAUUUUCCAUUAAGGCAAAUUUAACAAGGCAUUCAAGAACACAUGCUGGGGAGAAACCAUUCAGUUGCAAUGUGUGCGCUAAAAGAUUUUCCAGUAAGAAUUAUAUUAAGAAACACAAGUGUGCUGGUGAGAAGAGCAGCGAUCAAUGAAUCGAUGAUAAAAAUAAUAAUAAUUAGAUUGUGCUGAAGCUGAUUUUUUGUGUGGUAAGGAAA